CUUCCAUCCAUCUAUCCACCCACCCACUCCAUACAUCCACUCAUCCACCCACCCACCCAUCGCCUUCCAUGGGCCGGCGCUGCCGGCGCUGAGCGCCGCGGAGGCAGCGCCCGGCUGCCGCGAUGAGCGGCGGGGAGGUGGUGUGCUCGGGCUGGCUCCGAAAGUCACCGCCGGAGAAGAAGUUACGGAGAUACGCGUGGAAGAAGCGCUGGUUCGUGCUGCGCAGCGGCCGGAUGAGCGGCGACCCUGACGUCCUGGAGUACUACAAAAAUGACCACUCCAAGAAACCUUUGCGUGUCAUCAACCUCAACUUCUGUGAGCAGGUGGAUGCAGGCCUGACCUUCAACAAGAAGGAGCUGCAAGACACCUACAUCUUUGACAUCAAGACCAGUGACAGGACCUUCUACCUGGUGGCCGAGACAGAGGACGACAUGAACAAGUGGGUGCGCAGCAUCUGCCAGAUCUGUGGGUUCAACCAGUCUGAGGAGAACACAGACACCCUGAGGAGCAUCACCUCCCUGAACCACGCGCCGCGCUCCUCCCCGGCAGAGCUCAGCAGUGCCAGCCACCACCUGCUACGAGAGCGCAAGUCCUCGGCGCCAGCCCACUCCAGCCAGCCCACCCUCUUCACCUUUGACUCGCCUUCCAGCCACCUCCAGAGCACCCUGUCUGCCAGUGCCCCUCAGGACUACCUUUUCCUUCACCAGUGUAUGAGCAGGAAGUCAGAAAACGCAAGGAGCGCCAGCUUCUCGCAGGCCAGCAGGGCUGCCUUCUUCGUGCGCAGCGACUCGGCCGUCCAGAAGCUCUCGCAGGGCAACGGGCACUGCCUGAACGGCGUCGCCGGGCAGCUGCACGGCUUCUACAGCCUGCCCAAACCCAGCCGGCACCACUCCGAGUUCAGGGACAGUGCCUACGACCUGCCCCGCGCCUUCGGCUCCUACAGCCACCCCAAGCCCAGCCUCACCAGCUCCGAGACGGAUAACGAGGAGGUCUACACCUACAAGACCCCCAGCAACGCCCUGUGCAAGGAGUUCGGGGAGCUCUCCACAGACCCCUACGACGUCCCUGCCACCCCGCACUCCGUCUACCAGAUCCCCAGGACGUUUACGCUGGACAAGAACCACAACGCCCUGGCCGUGGCUGCCGCCGACUCGCCCGGCGCGCCGCCGCCGCGGCCCCCGAAGCCCGGGCAGGCGGAGCCGCGGUGGGGCAGCCCUCCGCAGAGAGCCCAGCCCGGGGAGAGCCUGGGGCUGGCCCCCAUGGCAGCCACCAUUCCCCGCAGGAACACGCUGCCGGCGGUGGAGAACAGCAGGCUGCACCGAGCUUCUUCCUGCGAGACGUACGAGUACCCCCAGCACGGAGGCGGCAGCAGCGCUGUGCAGUCAGCUGAGUCCAUGAAUGAUGGCUACAACUCCUACCUGCAAGCCAAGGCGGUGGUCGCCCGCUCCCACAGCACCGACUCUGAGGACAACUACGUCCCCAUGAACCCUGGUUCCUCCCCCCUCAUCCACGCCGAGAAAGCCAACGACAAUGCCCAAAAUCUCUACAUCCCUAUGAGCCCUGGGCCUCAUCACUUUGACCUGGUGGGCUUGUCCUCAGCUACUCUCCCUGUGCACAAAGGAGGAGCCAUGGCGCAGUGCCACAGGCGGCUGAGCGAAAUCCAGCCCCCGCCGGUCAACCGCAACCUCAAGCCCGACCGGAAAGCAAAGCCAUCGCCGCUGGACCUGAGGAACAACAGCGUCAUCGAUGAGCUGCCCUUCAAAUCCCCAGUCACAAAGUCCUGGUCCAGGCCAACGCAGACCUUCAACGCCGGCUCCCUGCAGUACUGUCGCCCUGUCUCCUCCCAGAGCAUCACCAGCACCGACUCUGGAGACAGCGAGGAGAACUAUGUGGCAAUGCAAAACCCCAUUUCUGCUUCUCCUGUUCCUAGUGGCACCAACAGCCCAGCACCUAAAAAGAGUUCGGGGAGCGUGGAUUAUCUGGCCCUGGAUUUCCAGCCAAGCUCACCAGGGCCACACAGAAAGCCCUCCACCUCCUCGGUGGCCUCAGAUGAGAAGGUUGAUUACGUGCAAGUGGACAAGGAGAAGACUCAGGCCCUGCAGAGCACCAUGCAGGAGUGGACUGACGUGCGGCAGUCCUCGGAGCCCAGCAAGAGCGCGAAGCAGUAACGCCGGGAGCGGGCAGAGGAGCAGGCAAAUGCCCUGGUGGUUCUCCCCCACCAGGCCACCAGCUGCAGUCAGGCUGGCUUUCUAAGACUUGUCUGUGGAGGGGGAGGGGGUCUUCAUUCUGUUUUUUAGUUUCAAGAGGAAAGAGAAGCUUACUUUCAGGGGAAGACUUGGCGGAUACUGUUUGCCAACUACCUUCGGUGGCUUAGGUUUGUGCUUUAGCUGCUGGAUGCUCUAUCCAGGAGCUUCAACGUAGCAAUACCAGGAUUCACCCCACACACCUUUUGCUUACAGCUAUUAAAGCCACCUUGUAUGUUCUAACACUG